GCGGUUGUCUUGGUCGUCGACGGCGGAUGGAGUGUGCCGCGCGUGGUUUUGCGACGCGGUGUGUUGGUCCACCGACGCGGAGGUGUGGUCAGUGUGGUGCUGUAGCUUAUUGCUCCGUCUCUCAUCAGAUUUCGCAUUGGAGCUAUCACAAGGAAGAAUGUGAGAGAUUAGAAGAGCAAAUGCGUCGUGUUGAUCUUUUAAAUGAUUUUCCAUUUACAUUUACAGAAGAAGCUACAAUUCAGGUUAGUCAAAAACAUGAGACUAGGUGCUCGUUCUUCAUCAAGAGGGGAUUACAUCGUGUUGGAAUGUGGAUGUAUGAGUGUAACUGUGGAGCUUUGGCUUUUGAUAGUUUUAAUAUUGAAGGGUGGCAUUUGCCGAGCUCUUCUUGUCCAUGUCGUGGGCCUUUAUCUCCAAUAACUAAACAGCUAUGUACUUGGAAGGAUUAUUUCGAGUGGAGAAAGUUACCUCUAGAUUCACCUGUAGCUCUACUUCUCCACUGGCCACUUACGAUAUAUCAUGCAGUUCAAGCCAUUGGGAUGGGAAAUUUGACUCCCCAAAUAAGUGAUGAACUUCGUAUACAUUAUCUUGGGCCUCAGAAGGAACUUGGGCAACUUGGUGUUUUUGCUGAGCUGCAAGCGCUCUUCCCUGGUCUGCGCAUUUAUGUAGAUUUGAUUGGACCUGACGUUCCACAACAUAUGGAUGGAGAAAUGAUCUCCCUUUGCAGAUAUUCCCCUUGCAUGGGAAAAGAAUGUGAAUGUAAAAAUUCAAGCAAAAUUCUCAAUUCCGGGAGCAAACCUGCUUUGGUUUCGGCUGUGUCAUUACAGCUCCGUAGAGGGUUUUACCAUGAUCGUUACAAUGACAUAACAAAGGAUUCAUUUCCUCCACACAUAGUGAUUGCUCCAAACGCAGGCAUCGCUGCAUAUCCAAGCUGGUUGCCAACUAUUGAACUGAUAAAGGAGAUACAAGUCCCAGCAGUAUUCUCUGAUUACUGUGAAGAAGCUUGUCAUCUGGCUGCUUGUUGCAUUAAAACCAUCACAGGACAACCUCUAUCAUCACCUAUUGAGUUGAAUCCAUUUAGACAGCCAAUGGCAGUAGAGGAGAGUACUCUGUUUAUCCCUUGCUACUCAAACUGUUUCAUCUUCGCAAUGUAAAAAUUCUCCAACAUUAUUGAUCAACUCAAUGGUUCACUGUUAUGGUCUGGAUCGACGAUAGAGAUACUGUUCCGGUGUAUGGACCAACAUUAUCUAUACAAUGAAUGUAGAAAAUGUCACAUCAUUUUGUUAUUGGUUGUUGUAGUUAUUUAUGUGGAUAGGACCAUCAAGUGCAUACAUACAAUCAUUGUAGUCUUAGGUGAAUAUUAUGCUAUAUAUCAUAUAGCAUUAGUCAUUUCAAGUGAAACUUUGCAAUUAUCUUUGUCA